AUGGCCGGGGGCACGCUAUGGAGAAACACCAUAUGGACUUUUUUCGGCUUACGUGAUUACACAAAAAGCGGCUACGAACGAAACUCUAAAAAGUUCAAUAAGAAUGCGUUAAACGUUGACCUAACGGGAAAAAUUGCCAUUGUAACGGGUGCUAAUGCUGGUCUCGGAAAAUAUGUAGCGACCGAAUUGUACAGAAGAAACGCAACUGUUUAUAUGCUCUGUCGUGACAUUACUCGAGGUGAACAAGCGAGAAAAGAUAUUAUCAAAGAAGUCGAAGAAGUUAAAGUUGAUAAAACGUUGUUGAAGUUGCGUAAAGUUGAUAUUUCUGAUUUGAAGAACGUUCGAGAGUUUAUCAAUAAUGCAGGAAUAAUGAGCAACAAACGUGAAUUCACAUCUUAUGGCGUUGAAACAAACUUCGCAAUCAACACAUUGGGUACAUACUAUCUCACAAAAUCAAUGCUUCCGUUAAUGCAAAAAACUGGUCCUGGAGCGAGAAUUAUCACGGUCUCUUCCGGAGGAAUGUACACGAACAGAUUAGACAUCGAAGACUUACAAUUUGAAAAACUCAAACCAUUCGAUGGCACUAUGGCAUACGCUCAAACCAAACGACAGCAAGUAGAACUGACCGAAUACUUGUCAAAGAGAUAUCCCGAACUCGAAACUGGUGUGAAAUUCGUCGUUUUACAUCCCGGAUGGAGUGAUACUCCAGGAGUAAGAACUUCAAUGGAGACUUUCCAUAAAUAUAUGAAGCCCUAUUUACGCUCUAUUCCUCAAGGCUGUGAUACGAUUUUAUGGGCUGCAUUCUCUGAAGAAGCGGAAAAUGUUCCGAGUGGAUCUUUUAUUUUUGAUCGUGAAGUUGUAUCCACGCAUUUGCCACUUGCAAGGACAAGGUCGAAGCAAGGAGAUGUAGAAAAGCUGGUGAAUGAAAUUGAAAAGUAUAUUACCGUUGGAUUAGAAGCAUCUUUCGCUACAGAAAAUGUAACAAGCAUUUCCUCAUAG